GUCGGGCUGUAACAGUUGACUAGAAUACCUAACUGCAUCUUCUGGCGGUCCAAUGGAACCCGACACGAUGGGGCCACAACCGACCACGGGCGAAGCGGGAGAGGAGUACAGGACAUCGCCUGAUCGAGCUCUGAGGGAUCUGAAGGAACGAAUUAGGCGAGAAACACCGCUGAGACGGGCUGACCAAACCAAUGACGAAGGGCCCGACGUAAGGGGCGAACCAGUUGCGACAGAGCCGCAGGAGACUCUAAAGACGGGUACCUCGAGCGGACGACGAGAAGCAACGAGGCGACGCUCCCCCGAGUACAAGCGGAGGGACACCAUAGCGGAUAGGCACGGAGACAACUGGAGAGAGAGUUUGAGGGAUUCCUAUUGGAGGGAUAGAGAUAGAGACAGGCCGCCGCCCAGGCGAGUCUUCGACCCCCAGACAGGAGAGUUACAUCCGCUCCCUUACGAGAGCAAGGAUCGCUAUAUUAUUACGCACAAGGCCUCAGAGCCUCCUAUCUUCAGGGGCUAUGGUAUCACAKAAUAUCUGGAGAAGUGGGAGCUUCACGCCAGCAGGAGUCAGUGGUCGGAGGAAGAGAUUAUAGAGAACUUCCUAUUUAAUAGGGACCCAAGUCUCGGUAGGGAAGUAAAAGAAGCUCGACCGAAGGAUGGAAAAUGGACUACGUACAAGAAGAACCUCGUUGAGCUUUACAAAUUGGAGGAUAACAAGUAUUCCAUCAAGGACCUUGAAACAAUGACUCAAGAUGAAGAUGAGAGCGUACGGGCAUUUGGGAUGCGUUUCCAGAAAAUCUCUGACGUGCUGAUGAAGAAGGGGAAGAUCUCAGAGGUUGAGCGCUGUAGUAUCUUCAUCGGACACUUGUCCAAAGGUAGGCAAAAGAGUAUACUUAGAGAUCUUCCGCGCGAAAGGCUUGAUUUCUCAGAAGUGCUAAAGCUCGUGAUAAAGGCAGAGGCAGACGAUUACAAGGACUUGGUGUGGAGAGGGAUGACGAGACGUGACUUCUCUCUCUACAAGGAGUAUGCCACUGAUAGAUGUCCUGAUUUCAAGGACUAUCCCUGGUCGGAGAAGAAUGAGGCCGUGGCUGAGGAAGUGAAGGAAAAACGGGACAUGGUGAAGGGAUUGACGAGAGAGGUUACAGAGAUUGUGACCACUACAAGGGCCACGGCCUACCGAGAUAAACCUGGAGGGAACUCAUGCGUCUACUAUAGAGGAGAAGAUCAUAUCAACAAGGAUUGCCCGGACCUCAAACGGGCAAUAGAUGAGGGACUUGUCAUGCUUGACGACCGCAAGUACGUCAAGUGGGCAGAUGGUCUGGGAGAUGUAUCGAUGUUCCCUUCGAUGAAGAAGAAUGUCGAAGCAAGGAGAGUAAAGCCGAGUAAAGAAAAGGAGCCGGUCAGGAGCCAGAGCAUCAAGAUAACCUUUGAGGGGGAUAUGGCGACCACACCCAUAAGGGUGCCAGCCUCCAAGUUGGCGAGAGGGUCUACAUCGAAGAAGACUGACACGGAUUACGUGAUGACGGAGAAGGACGGGCAGCGGGUCGAUGGAGAGAAGGUUAUCCUUUCGUCGCGAAAGAGGGGAGUGAAGAAGUUCUUAAUGAAGAGUUCGCUGGACGAGAUUGACACGGUCGAGCCACUGAGGCGGGCCCUUCGGCAACCCAUGCAGUGCUCUAUUCUAGAGUACCUGGCGGCAUCGAAGCCGGCUCGUGAUGAGUUACAGAUGAUCACGCGGAAGACUCGCAUACCUCUAUCGGAGGAGGGUCAGGGGGCCCCUAAGGCGGAAGCUUCUACAGUAGUAGUAACGGGGAUGACUGCCAGAGCGGAUCGCAUGGCGAGAGUCCUUCUCGAUGAAAUAGAAGGUGUGCCUCCAGACAAAUUUUAUAUACUUGGUAGUGGGGCAGUGGAGACAAUUAUAAACGAUGGAGCGGUACUCGAUGCUGUGAUCGAUAACGACAGUGAGGCUGUCAUCAUAGACGAGGACUUGGCAGUACAGGUUGGACUAGGCCUCGAUAGGUCAUACCUAUUCAAGAUAGAGACGACUGAUGGGAGAAAGCAACAGAUCACUGGGUUUGUCACAAGGCAGCCAUAGAGGUCCAAGGGGUACGAGUGACCCUGCCUGUCUUUGCAGUCAAGAACUGCAACUCCGA